CUUGGCUGGCUAGCGGAAGCUAAUUGGAAAUCAGCUUAAGUUUUAACGUUACUUAUUGCUAAAACUUUCAAUAUCAGUGCUGAGGUUUUUAUACCCUCGGGUAAUGUAACGUUACUGAUAAAAAUGCCAUUACAUAGAUAAUAAUGUUUAACAAUAUUCCAAAGGCACUAGGCCUACCUAGUUAUGUUAAACGUGUGACCUCGGCUGAUCAAACGUGCCCGCCUUCCCUAACUGCGUCAUUUCUCUCUGACCACGGGAACUUGGCCCAGGUCCGGCAUGUUAUUUUGGUCCUGUCAGGGAAGGGUGGUGUGGGCAAGAGCACCAUCACCACAGAGUUAGCACUGGCUCUCAGGCACGCAGGCAAAAAGGUUGGCAUCCUGGACGUUGACCUGUGUGGGCCUAGUAUCCCCCGCAUGCUGAGUGUGGGCCGGCCUGACGUGCACCAGUGUGACUCAGGAUGGGUGCCAGUCUACACUGAUGCUGAGAAGAGCCUCGCACUUAUGUCCAUCGGCUUCCUGCUGGAGGACCCAGAUGAAGCAGUGGUGUGGAGGGGGCCAAAGAAAACGGCUAUGAUUGCCCAGUUUGUGUCGGAUGUAGCAUGGGGAGAGCUGGAUGUGCUGCUGGUGGACACACCGCCAGGGACUUCUGACGAGCAUUUGGCGGUACUGGAGAACCUUAAAAAACACAAAGUGGAUGGAGCCGUUUUGGUUACCACACCUCAGGCAGUAUCCACGGGGGAUGUGAGGAGAGAGAUCACCUUCUGUAAGAAGACAGGUGUUCGGAUCCUGGGCAUCAUCGAGAACAUGAGUGGAUUUGUUUGUCCACACUGCUCAGAGUGCAGCAAUAUAUUCUCAAAAGGUGGUGGUGAAGAGUUAGCCAAGCUGACUGGAUCAGUUUUCCUAGGUUGCGUGCCCUUGGAUCCUCUGCUCAGCACAUGUAUAGAGGAGGGCAAAGACUUCAUGCAGUCAUUUCCCGACAGUGCCACCUUCAGUGCCAUCAGCAGCAUUUCUCAGACUCUGCUUGACAGCCUCCAAACAGCUUGAGCCGUGAAAUGUAUUUGCUAAAAGUCUGUAUUUUGCGAACACAUUAUCUUAGCACAUAGGCUCUGUAAAAAUUGUGCAGAUGUAAUUUGUUGAAUUUUUGUCCUGUACAGUUGAACACUAUAUAAAACUAUUUACUGAUUAUUGUUUUUAUACCUUAAACUAUCUGCCAACGGUACAAUGCAGGCUUUGUGUGCAGUUCUUUCAGUGCUGCAGUUGUAAUUCUUGAAACGUUAACCACAGUGAAGAUUACCAGCUCUUGCCGCAGAGUGAAACGGGGAAGACAUGAAUCUAUUAAAAAAAAAAAAAAAAAAAGCUGUCUAGCUUGUUUUGCAGCUAGAGCCAUCAUUUUGUAACAAAAAAGAAGAAAAAUGCCAAGUCAUGCUUUCUACAUAAGACUUGCGUGUCACAGUAAAAUAAACGGUACUGUGUUUGGAAGCCAGUCAAAUCUAAGUUGGAAUCUUCUUUAAUUCGAUUGUGACAGACAUGUCGACACAUCAGGAUAACUUCAGUAUCAGUGGUAAUACAGGAUUGUAGAUUGGCGCUUUAGUAAAUGCGUCAGCAGCAGUUCCAUUUUCAGAAAACAAACCCCAGAUCAAAUAGGACCGGUCCUUGCAUGUAACUAGGCCAAACACUAAUCUCACUGGAUUCCUGCUGCAUGCUACAAACCAUAGCAAUCAAGUCUUCUUGUGUCUUUUAAACUUGAUUUUUUUUUUUUUUUUUUUUGGAGGACCUAGACAUGAAAUUUUGAUCUGGUUUAAAUCUUCUGAAACUAGCCAGCUCUUCAGCUUCAUAUCCAACAGCAACAAAACACUGAAACCCAUGCAGGAUCUUAAUGACUGGAAUGUGGAAGUACAGCCACAGAUGGGAGGGGGUGAAUAAGAUGGAGAUGAAAUUUGGAAAUUACACUUGUGAGACCCAAUACGGGGCGCACACACCUUUAAUGCAAACAACAGCACUACAGGAAAAACACUGAAGUUUGAGAAUGUUUGCGUAAUGAUUAGAAUACAGCUACACACAAAACUCCCACUUCACCAGCAACAUACUAAAGGCAAUCUUACUUUUAAACCAAGAAUUACAUCCAGAGGAAUUCCAACCACUUAUCACAAUUAACCCACAGUGCAUUUAAUCAAUCUAUGUAGAUAUAUAUAUAUGUCUGUAUAUAUGUAUAAUAUAACCUGGGGAAUUAAAGACUUUUGCUGCAUUAAACAGUUCAAUGAACAAUUUCUCAUAAAUAAAA